AUGCGUCAUUUCGAUACCUGGGUCCUCCGCGACCCCUACUCCAUCUGGCACUAUUAUCCAACUGGUCAUCGCUGGCGCGACACCGUCCGCGACCUAAUUCACUCCCGCGCCAUCUGCUCCCCAGAAAAUCCAAGCAGUUCCACCCCCAUCAACCCAUCAAUGCACACCCAAUCUCAAUCCCCACUCUUGCAACUGCCCGCCGAGCUCCGCCAAAUGAUCUGGUCCUACGUUCUCACCAACGACUCCACCCCCACCACUUUAAAUCCCCAAACCCUCCACUUAGUCCAACUAAAAGGCAAAAUCCGCCAUGUUCGAUGCCCAUCUCAACCCAACCCCAGUAAUGAUUCCAACCCGCCAAAUCCAGCCCUAACACAAAACCGCCAUUGUUGCCCCACCACCCCGGCCCGCUGGCGUAUCUACGAUGGCCGCGUCCCAGGCCACAGCGACAGAUUGCUCUACCCACACACGCACGAGCAUCUCCCUUCUUCACUGAGUGAUAGCAAUGUCAAUCUGCUGCGAGUGUGUCGGCGCAUUCACACCGAAGCAGAACACAUCCUCUACCAGGCAUCGCGAUUCGAUGUAGAUGAUUUAUACACAUUUAUCGCAUUCAGCGAGUCUCUCUCGCCCAAUGCGCGGGGCUCCAUUCGGAGAUUGACGGUGCAGUGGAUGCCUAUUUGGAUUCCGAUGGAGGGACUCGAUCAUAAGGGAUCGGUUUACGGGCACACGCACAGUGAUGAGCUGUGGGUGAGGUUCUGGGAGAGUGUUUCGAAGUUGGGUGGGUUGAUGGAGUUGGGGUUGAGUUUGGAUCUGGGGCGAUUUACGAGUAUGGGGAGUGGGGUUUCUGGACAGAGAAUUCCGUUUGGGAUGGGAGAGGGUUGGGUUGGGCCUUUGCUUCGGGUUCGAGGGUUGACGGACUUUGAUCUGGCGGUUACGGCGAGAUGUGAUCUUGGGGCCAGGGGGGUGGUAGAAAGUGAAUUGGUGAAGGAGGUCGGGGAGUUGAGGGAUGGAUUGCGGGAGCUUUUGUGUAGACCGAGAGAGGUUUUGGAUGAGCGUGUGGGGAAGAGGCAGAAGAGAGCUAGAUUGGCUAUUACUGCCUGA